UUAUGGCAAGCGUGCGCUUCGCUGGUGGUAAAAUUGUUGUGAUCCUUGGCACCUGUACCCGUAUUCACAGAGUACAGUGGUUAAUCUGUGAUGGGUGGUGGUUCUUGUCAUACUGUUUUAUAUGCGAAAUCAUGGACUUGGACACUGAGAGUACUACGACGUCUAUAGAUGACAAAACUGAAGAUUUCUGCGAAAAUCCUACGCGGGAUACAUUGGCUGAAGGUUUAAUGUGUUUACUGAAGCCCACAAUAGAUCAGUUAGAUGAAAGAGUACGAGCUACACGAAUCAGCCAAGUAGAGUUGAAGCAACAAAUUGAAGUUCUGUCUGAAGAACUAAAGAAGAUUUCAGAAUCACAACAAUGUCCUUUGGAUAUUGAUCUGUAUAUUAGGAAACUCGUAAAUGCAAAGUUAAAAGUAACUGUUGUCAGCAAUAUAUUGCAGACUGUACAGGAUCGCCUGAAUAAAGUACAUAUACAAAUAGAGAGGGAACAGUCAAGACGAAGAGCUCUGUUAGAGCCAUCUCCUACAUCCACACCCCUUGAAGCUACAAAUCCUUCCAUCCAAUAGAAGAAGCAUAUCCAAAAAUCCUGCCAUUCCUUAAAAUAUAGAUCUAUGUAAGGUACCAUGAUAUAUGCAGGAAGCUUUUGUGUGGAAGUUCUAUUAAUAUAAGGGGCUGAAGCAUCAAGUUACAGCUAGUGAGUAACUGAAACCACAACUAAUAAUCAACUUUGGUUUCAUUUCUUUACUAUAGCAUAAAGGGU